AUUACCCUCAUCAACGCCACCCCUUACGAAUGGCAAAGGGGCUACAUCCACGACUAUCAGAUGCCAAAUUGGGAGGAGGACUUCCCACAACUCAUUUAUCCGGGCGAGUCGGUUUCUGUGCUGACCCAGCCAAGGAAAAUAUCCGGUAACUGGGAGGACUCUGCAGCUGAGGUCGUUUACCAUCUUGUGGGCACCUCAGAGCCCAUGUCGUUCAUGGUCAAGUUCAACAACCGGGGUUCUAGCUCCCUCAAAGUCGAGUUCCUUGAUGCCUUGUCUUCCAUGAACAAUGCCAUGAGAAGCGUUCACCAAUUUGAAAUCACAAAGUUCCCUGGCGGCGGGUCGGCCUUCAUCCUUGCCGGCGAAGAGGGCGAUUUCAUCACAAACGAUCCUCCCAUCGGCUGGAUGCAAGCUAUGUUUCCCGAACUGAAAGACAAGCCUCUGCGUGAGAUUGUUCUCGGAAUGUCGCAUCACUCAGGCCUAUGGUCAGACCAUAGGGAUAUUGGCCUUGCGUCAGCACCAAACACCCAGACGCAAAGCGUUCACCUUCGCGAACAGCUCGGCAAUGGAGGCAUCCGUGUUCUCGACUUCCGCCCCCUCAAGAUAGGAGACGAGUUUCGGGAGACGCAUGGGAUGAUCACCAAAGACCCCGUUAGCGGCGUAAUGUUUCAGGGCUCUGAGGGAGCCACCUUGAGCGAGAUGAUCCAGACCGUCAACGAGUUCAAUCGAGAGUAUCCUGGCGAGCUCAUCAUCUGGGAUGUACACAGCCAUGAUGCCUGGAAUAAGGACUACGAAUUCCGCAAACUGUCAGACAGCCGGGAGGACCGCGUGGCGCUAUACAAUCAGUUCUUAGCACUAGAGAACCGCAUCGAUAUCCCCAACGACGUCGAAGACGUCAGUAAAUGUCCCCUGAGCCGAUUCAUCGGCAAUAAAACGUCCGCCGUCCUCAUCAAAUUUGACGAGCGCUGGCGCUUGAAUGACCUCGAUGUUUUUCCAGGCAAACACCAGGGUUUCAUCACGAGAAGAACCUUCCCACUCACCCACCCCUGGAGCAACACCAACAACGUCCACGAACUGGCUGCUGACCAGGUAGCAACUUUUCGCAAAGUUCGACCAGUGCCUCAAAAUCCCAUCACCAUUGCCGACUGGGUCUUGACGCUGAAGGGCCUGCAAUUUACGAGGGACUCCAUCUUGCAACUGGCAGCUGUUGCGUGGCGGUCGUUGUUUGAGGAUCUCUGGCCCGCAACAACAAGCGACUCAUACCCUAACUGGAUAUCAGUAGAUAAUGUGCGUGGAAACCAGCACAAGACCCUCGUCAUGGCAAUGAACCACUGUCUUGUGGCCAAGAAGUGCGGUGAUCUA